GCUGCGGCGGCAGCGGACGACAUGCGGGCGCUGCCGCUGUGGGCCGCGGUGCUGGUGCUGGGGGCGCUGGCGGGCGGCGGCGGCGGAGUGUCCAACAUCUGUACCACACGAGGUGUCCGCUCCUGCCAGCAAUGUCUGGCUGUGAGUCCCGUGUGUGCCUGGUGCUCAGAUGAGGCCCUGCCUCUGGGCACUCCCCGCUGUAAUCUGAAGGAGAAUCUGCUGAAGGAUAACUGUGCCUUGGAGUCCAUCGAGUUCCCCAUCAGUGAGGCCCGCAUCCUGGAGGCCAGACCCCUCAGCGACAAGGGCUCUGGAGACAGCUACCAGAUUACUCAAGUCAGCCCUCAGAGGAUUGCACUCCGGCUACGGCCAGAUGAUUCAAAGAAUUUCUCCAUCCAAGUCCGGCAAGUGGAGGAUUACCCUGUGGACAUCUACUACUUGAUGGACCUGUCUUACUCCAUGAAGGACGAUCUGUCGAGUAUCCAGAACCUAGGCACCAAGCUGGCCUCCCAGAUGCACAAGCUCACCAGUAACUUGCGGAUUGGCUUUGGGGCUUUCGUGGACAAGCCCGUGUCACCAUACAUGUACAUCUCCCCGCCAGAGGCCCUCAAAAACCCCUGCUAUGAUAUGAAGACCACCUGUUUGCCUAUGUUUGGCUACAAACAUGUGCUGACGCUAACUGACCAGGUGACCCGCUUCAAUGAAGAAGUGAAGAAGCAGAGUGUGUCACGGAACCGGGAUGCCCCAGAGGGUGGCUUUGAUGCCAUCAUGCAGGCUACAGUCUGUGAUGAGAAGAUUGGCUGGAGGAAUGAUGCAUCCCACUUGCUGGUGUUUACCACUGAUGCCAAGACCCAUAUAGCGCUGGAUGGAAGGCUGGCAGGCAUUGUCCAGCCCAAUGAUGGGCAGUGUCACGUUGGCAGUGACAACCAUUACUCUGCCUCCACUACCAUGGAUUAUCCCUCUCUGGGGUUGAUGACCGAGAAGCUAUCCGAAAAAAACAUCAAUUUGAUCUUUGCAGUAACUGCAAAUGUAGUCAAUCUCUACCAGAACUACAGUGAGCUCAUCCCAGGGACCACAGUGGGGAUUCUGUCUACCGAUUCCAGCAAUGUCCUUCAGCUCAUCGUUGAUGCAUAUGGAAAAAUCCGCUCUAAAGUAGAGCUGGAAGUGCGUGACCUCCCUGAGGAGUUGUCUCUGUCCUUCAACGCCACCUGUCUCAACAACGAGGUCAUCCCAGGCCUCAAGUCUUGUGUCGGACUCAAGAUUGGAGACACGGUGAGCUUCAGCAUUGAGGCCAAGGUGCGUGGCUGCCCACAGGAGAAGGAGAAGUCCUUCACCAUCAAGCCUGUAGGCUUCAAAGACAGCCUCACGGUCCAGGUCACCUUUGACUGUGACUGUGAAUGCCAGGCCCAGGCCGAGACUUCCAGCGACCGCUGCAACCAUGGCAAUGGGACGUUUGAGUGCGGGGUGUGCCUCUGCGGGCCUGGCUGGCUGGGCUCCCAGUGUGAGUGCUCAGAGGAGGACUACCGCCCCUCCCAGCAGGAUGAGUGCAGCCCCCAGGAGGGCCAGCCCGCCUGUAGCCAGCGGGGCGAGUGCCUGUGCGGUCAGUGCGUCUGCCACAGCAGCGACUUCGGCAAGAUCACGGGCAAGUACUGCGAGUGUGAUGACUUCUCCUGUGUCCGCUACAAGGGGGAAAUGUGCUCAGGAACCACAUGUGGCGAGGGGCCGGCUCGCUGGACAGCACAUAAAUUAGAAAGCAUUGCAGAAGUCCUAGCCACAGCAAUCAGACAACAAAAAGAAUUGGUGUAUUUCCUAAGUCCUGUUUCCUUUAGAGAACUUUCUAGUAAUUUCUUUCUUGGUCAAGAAGAUCUAUUCAUAGCCAGUUUAAGUGAUUCCUGCUACAUUCACAACCUCUCUGCUCUGUGCUCUCUCCUGACAGAGUGUCCCAAGGGUCCUGACAUCCUGGUGGUCCUGCUUUCAGUGAUGGGGGCCAUUUUGCUCAUCGGCCUUGCUACUCUGCUCAUCUGGAAGCUCCUCAUCACCAUCCAUGACCGGAAGGAGUUUGCUAAAUUUGAGGAAGAGAGAGCCAGAGCAAAAUGGGACACAGCCAACAACCCACUGUACAAAGAGGCCACAUCCACCUUCACCAAUAUCACGUACCGGGGCACUUAAUGACAAGGAGUCAUCCUCAGAUCACUAUCAGGCUGUCCCAGAAUUGUGGACAUCUCUGCUGUCAUGUUUACAGGGAACGAUAUCUGUGGGGCGGGAUUGGGGGCUGGGUGUGGGGUGGUUCGGAAGAACAUCAGUCUGUGGAAGUGUGGGUUCCCGUGCGUGUGUCCGUGUGAGUGUGCUGCGUGUGGGGGAAUGUGUAAUUUAAAACUUGUGGUAUGUCCCAGGUAAGCGGAGCUCCUCAGCCGUCCACAGAAUGCCUCCUUCAGGGAUUCUUCCUGCUUAACCUGAGGGUGACUGACACAGCUGAGCAGGUGUUCUACAUUACCUCAGUGAGAAGCCAGCUUUCUUUUUCCAGCCAUUUCUUCCUGAAGAGGAGGGCAGGGCUGAGCUUCCCAUUCCAGAGGAAGGGACCUUGACUCUACUUUGAGUUCAUGGUUCUUGGGCCUGAUGCUCAGGAGCCCUGAUAGCAACUGCUGGGCUUGGCAGCCUUGUUGUGUCAUCUGGGCCUUUAUCUCCUUUCCCUUCUCUCAGGCUGAAGGAGAAAUCGGAGGCAAGCUGAACUUUCAGAGUUGCCUGUGCCUUUUGCCAUCACCUCAAUCCAGUAUGGUUCUCUCAUGAGGGGAGUUCUUGCUAGCAGUUCUGGGGGAGUGAGGAUGGUAGGGCCACUCAGGGGUCACGCAUGGCCUGGAUGAAUGUGCCACGGUCUCCCAGUUCAUCAUCAUCACCCUUCAUAUUUGUCUCAUCGGCAGCUCCACCCUAGAAGUUCCUUUAGAAGAAGUGCAUCACCCUUAGACCAGCAUUGCUUCUCUACCUUCUACUUCCACGCUCCCGCUGCUGUAGACAUUUGCUACAUCCUGGGGAUUUCUUUCAUGACCACUUCUCCUCCCAGGGAGAGUGCUGUGAUUAGAGCCAGUGGUCUGGCCCCAUGCUUCAGGCCCUCCGCCCCUGGUCCAGGGCACCUCCACACACCCAACCUGGUGCUUCUGUGUGCUACAUCCAUCCAUCCAUGCGGCUGAUUUCAUUUAUCUACCUCUUGGCUGUCCUUGGGUGAAGGAAUCGUUCCCGUGCCUCUCCGAGUCCGCUGGGCAUAAGUGCCACAUUUGGCAUGCUGGGUCAGUUGUGUCAGCAUGUGUGGCCUAUUCUCCUGUGGGCUGGGCAACCUCAUUUUAACUCAGUCUUUAAUCCGAGAGGCCAGAAGUGCAAUUUUAUUUUAUUUUUCUCAUUGGGUCACCUGAAACCGUGAUGAGGCUUGCUUAAUCUAAAGGAGUAUGUAUAUAAUCACACUUGCAUUAUAUUUGUAACUUUAUUUGGUGGUGAGGAAGAAGAGUGUUAAAAAAAAAAAACCACACAGACUUGGACUGGAUAUAGACCCUCCCACUUGGUGUCAUUCAUAGGAAGUUGCUGCUCUGUUGCUGGGUCUGUAAGGGCUCUCUCAUCCUGGAAGGCUGUGGGGAUGGACCCAUGGGCAUGCUGGACCUUUUCUGAGGAGGUGGGAUACAGGCAGUUCUUUUUUCCUAGCCAUAGCUGUUUGCUCCAUUGGUGUUUACCUUAGUCUAACAUUAACAACCAUCCUUACCCCCAUUCCAUCAAGAAAAAGGGAAGGACCUGUAGACAGUGGUCUGAUGAUCAGAAAAUCUAAGUCCUGGCCUCAGUGUUGCAGCUAAGGAAUCUUUAACCUUAAUUAAGGCGAGUCUCUUUCUUCUCCUUGGGGCCCAAUUUUCUAGUCUGGAAAAUGAUAGGUCUGGACCAGUCACUCUAGAAGGUCUCUUUUGGUGUUGAUAUUCUAAGAUGCUGGGACUUCCUGUGGCAUCAAGCAUGGAGUCAAGAUUCUGUGAGAUGUUACUGUUUGUUGUUUUAGUUGGGAGAUCUGAGAGACCUGGCUUUGGCAAGAGCAGAUGUCAUUCCACAUCACCUUUCUCAACAAAAGAGCCUCAUUUUAUCCUCUCUCAGAGCCCCUUCCCUGACAUUUGUUAGCAGUUACAUCUCCUGAUGUAGCACUCAAGCUCCAUUUAGUUUAUUAUUUCUUAUUUCACUUUGCACACAUUUGCAGCCACAUAUAAGGAAAAGGCAUCUAUAAGAAGUAGCUGAAAUAUGUAUUCUGUAUCCAUGGGUUAACACUGAGAAUAAGCUUUUGGAAUUAGGAAUGGGGCAAAUGACUGAGCCUUGUCUCAUCCAUGGAUUACUGUUUACUGAAGGGGAUGGUAGUACAGUUGAGGGUUGAAUCCAAGAAGUUUCAAACCUAACUAUACCUUUUGCCUACUGAGACAAGAGUCCAUUAGGGUAGUAGUUGGACAUUUUCUUUAGAUAAGAUGGUUUAUAUGAAGAAAUUGUAUCAAAGGAGGAAGAACACAUAUUUAAAAGAUAAAAGAAAAACUGGUAGGACUCUUGUCUGAGCUUCUGGAACAAGGCUUCUAAGCCUUUGUCUGUAUGUGGGGGGACCUGUUCACGAGAUAACAAAGUGCAGUCAGUUCUGGCCUCAUGUAGGGUGAACGUCUAAAUAGUAUUUUGGCAUUGGCAAAGCCCCAAAAGGUUAUUCAUGCUCAGCUCAUCUGGAGAUAAUUUAUGUUCAGUCUCAGGGUCGGUGGACAGUAACGGGAAGCUUUGAACAUUCCUGACAAAUUGUCACAUAAGGAGUCAGUUCUUUACCUCUCAGAUAUUCUUAGACCAUCCAUGAUUUCAAGAUUCUUCGCUUUGUUAAGUAUUCCUGGUUGAAAUGACUUAAGUGCCUUCCUGACUUCCCAACCACCCCCUCUGUUUGAGUUGUGCAACAGUGAAUUAAAUGUACUUUCCAAAAUGAAUUGACCUAAGGCUGCCCAGUUCUUCCUGUGUUGUACUUUCUGUUUUCUUUGGGUGAAAAGAGUAAGUGUCAUUGCCUCAAAAAUGAUUAUUUUAGAACAAGCAUGUUUCCAAAUGUAACCGAAUGAUGACUGCUAUGGGAACUGAAGUUCGGUCCAGAACCCAGAGUUUUUCUUUAGACUUUAAUAACAUUUUCAAAGUCAGUAGGUUAUUACGCUCUAAGUUAGAGUUGUUUUGCUUUUUUAUUUGGGGAUUUUUUAGAACUUGUGCAACCUCAAUAGAACAGACUGUCAAUUUAGCCUCGGUUUUGUUUGCAGGAGGCAUAAAUCGGUACAAUAAAGGCUUAAUGGCAAAUUA